AUGUGGAAAAGACCAUUGGGUCUGAGCUUCGGCCCAUCAGGCACUAUCUACAUUACUGAUGCAUAUUUUGGGCUUUUGAAGGUAGGGCCUAAUGGUGGGCUUGCGACCCAAAUUGCCACCAGUGCAAAGGGUGUGGAUUUUCACCUCCUUAUUGGUGUGGAUGUCCACCCAAUCACUGAGACAGUUUAUUUCGCAGACGCUAGUACAACAUUCGAGCUAAGAAAUAUAACUCAACCAGGCUUCAAAGGAGACUCAACAGGCAGGCUAAUGAAAUACGAUCCGAAAACAAAACAGGUCACCGUGCUAUUAAGAGGGCUAGCCGGAGUAGCAGGGCCAGCAGUGAGUACUGAUCAAUCAUUCGUGCUCGUCUUAGAAUUCCUCGGCAAAAGGGUUCGAAAGUAUUGGCUCACAGGGCCGAAAGCCAACACCGAUGAGAUCGUAAUAAAUCUUCCUGGAAAUCCGAGCAAAAUCAAGAGGAGUGCAUCAGAGGGUUUUUGGGUGGCGGAGAACAUGAUAAGUCAGCAGCCGACGCCAUUGACGGUGGCUCAAGGUCUGAGGAUAGAUGGGAAUGGAAUGGUGUUGGAGACUGUAUCUUUUGUAGAUCAGUAUUUCAAUACUUCUAUCACUGUGGUGCAAGAGCAGAGAGAUGCUUUGUAUGUUGGCUCUCGUUUUGUUGAUUUUGUUUGUGUGUUCAAGAGGUGAAAGAGAGACACAUAGUGAUAGAUCUAUCUGUCUAUCUAAAAUUAUCAACGAGAACUACUAGUACUAAAUAAAAGUUCAAUGGCUUUAUUGGGUUUUCACAACCCAGUGAACUAA